UGUAAAUGAGGGGGAGGGGCUAAGGGAGGGCAGUGGUCCUUGGCCUGUCCUGCUGGGAGUUGUAGUGCCCAGGCUGGGUUGGGGCUGCUAUAUACAGAUCUGGAUGAAUCUCUGACACUUUCCAGCAGGAGGCGCCAUGACGGUCUCUUACACCCUUAAAGUGGCCAACGCCAGAUUCGGCGGCUUCUCCAAACUUCUCCUGCGCUGGAAAGGAAGUAUCUACAAGUUACUGUACAAGGAGCUGCUGGUGUUCUGUGUGUGCUACGCUGUGCUGAGCGCCAUCCACAGAAAGGCCCUGAGCCAGGAUCAGAAGGAAUUGUUUGAGAAGGUGGUCGUCUACUGUAAUAAAUACACCGACCUCAUCCCUCUCAGCUUCGUCAUGGGCUUCUACGUCAACCUGGUCAUCAACCGAUGGUGGGCUCAGUACACCAGCAUCCCCCUACCGGACCAGCUGAUGUGUGUGGUGUCCAGCAACGUCCAUGGAGGGGACGAGAGGGGUCGUCUGCUCAGACGCACCCUGAUCCGCUACGCCAACCUGUCAUCGGUGCUGAUCCUGCGCUCUGUCAGCGUCCGAGUGCUCAAGAGUUUAGUGGAGCUGAAUAAUUACCGCGCCAAGUGCAGCCUCCUCUUCCAUUAUGACUGGAUCAGCGUCCCGCUCGUCUACACGCAGGUGGUCACCAUCGCCGUAUACUCGUUCUUCGCCUCCUGCCUGAUCGGCCGUCAGUUUAAGAAGGAGGACCCCCUGGACACCUACGUCCCAGUCUUCACGCUGCUGCAGUUCUUCUUCUAUUUUGGAUGGCUGAAGGUGGCCGAGCAGAUCAUCAAUCCCUUCGGAGAAGACGAUGACGACUUUGAAACCAACAGAUUAAUAGACAGAAACCUCCAGGUCUCCCUCCUGUCUGUGGAUGACAUGUACCAGAACCUUCCGCCCAUUGAGAAAGACAAGUACUGGGACGAGCAGAAUGCGCAGCCGCCAUAUACCAUCGCCACCGCCGCCGAGACCCUCAAACCCUCCUUCAUGGGCUCCACCUUCGACAUGCGCAUUGAAGCAGACUCGGAGCAGAACCAGCAGGUGGCGGCCACCCCCAAUCUCCCACGGGCCCGCACCCCGAUGCUCAGCCGCUUCCUCUCUUCUGCCGCCUCCCCCGCGGUCGGUAUGAAGAACCUAAAGGGCCUCGGGGUGAGGAGCCAUCUUGUCCGCUUCAGAGGAGACGGAUUCCCCUCUCCCGGCCCCAACACCCGCUACUCAGAUCUGGACCCUGACGGGCGCAUCGACGAGGAGGAGACCACCGAGGACGAGAGGGAGAGCCGGGCCAGCGAGCCCCCCACCCCCAAGGUGGUGUCUAGAAUCCCCCGACGUCUGGAGGCCUCCGAGAAACAGAAGAAGAUGGAGCAGCCGAGGGCGGCGAAUAUCCUGAUCACCGUGGACGAACCGACCGAGGAGAACGCGGAGGGCGACCGGGCCGAGUGCUGACCUGAUCAUGUGAUCUAUUGCUCCCUGGGAUGAGUGACGGGAAGUGCAGAGACCUCCUGCCCCCCCAUGAUCCCUACUGUCCGUCCCCUCAGCCAAUCACAGGCCGCAGCCGUGACCCGCCUCUCAUGGGAUUGGCUGAGGAAGCGGCGAGCAGCAGGGACCUGGAUUGGUGGCGGUAAGGAUCAGGAGGACGGGUGAGGGACCCUUAUAUUUUACUUUACUGUUCCUGUAAGGCAGUGUGUCCCAACCAGGGUGCCUCCAGCUGUUUCAAAACUACAACUCCCAGCAUGCCUGGACAGCCAUAGGCUGUCCGGGAAUACUGGGAGUUGUAGUUUUGCAACAGCUGGAGGCAGGGCUGCUAUCCUUACGCAGCUCAAGGUCUAGCCCCAAACAUUGUCCCAUAGAGUAUUAGGCCCCAAACAUUGUCCCAUAUAGUAUUAGGCCCCAAACAUUGCCCCCA